GAGGAGAAAGAGGCGGAGGAGGAGGAGGAGGAGAAAUAGGAGAAGGAGGAGGAGAAAGAAGAGGAGGAGGCGGCGAGCAACUUACCCUGCUGAGCUUUCUUUGGGGAAUACGUGCAUCAAGAUUUAGAUCUGCAAGGAAAAUCUAUACAAAGUAUCUGCCACUACAGGUCUGACUCUCCUCCCCCCACCACUGCUUUUUUUUUUUUUUUUUUUUCCCUUUCCGUUUUCUCUGCUGUGUCAGAAAGACCAACCAGACCGAGACAGAACUAUCUCUGUUUCUGGCUCCACUGCCGGAGGAGUUUUCAUUCAAGACUUUCUGAAAAGAGGUUGGAGAGACUCAGAGGAGGGCUUUUGAGCCAGAUGGGGCAUUAAUUCUCCUGCUUUUCUCAGCAUGGAUAGAUCCUUCCCUCAAGGAUUCUCUGAUGUUCCCUAAGGUCUAUGUAAAUACAAGGGCUCUUUAUCACCAUAAGUGCCAUCCUGACCCAAAGCCACUCAGAACUCAAGAAUCAAGACAAAAUGGAUGCUGCAGUGACAGAUGACUUCCAACAGAUCCUGCCUAUCGAACAGCUGCGCUCUACUCAUGCUAGCAAUGAUUAUGUGGACCGGCCUCCAGCCCCCUGUAAACAGGCCCUCUCCAGCCCUUCCCUCAUUGUGCAAACCCACAAAUCUGAUUGGUCCUUGGCUACCAUACCUACUGCUCUCCCCCGCAGUCUCAGCCAGUGCCAUCAAUUGCAGCCCUUGCCUCAGCAUCUGAGCCAAUCUAGCAUUGCCAGCUCAAUGUCCCAUAGCACCACUGCCUCUGAUCAAAGGCUCCUGGCCAGCAUUACACCCUCACCUUCCGGCCAGUCCAUCAUCCGAACCCAGCCUGGAACGGGGGCCCACCCAAAGGUUGACGGUGCUCUGAAGGGAGAAGAUGAGCAAUCCGCAAUGCAUCCCAAUGAGCACCUCUUCAUCUGUGAGGAGUGUGGGCGCUGCAAGUGUGUCCUCUGCACAGCAUCGCGCCCUCUCCCCUCCUGCUGGCUGUGCAACCAGCGUUGCCUUUGCUCUGCCGAGAGCCUCCUCGAUUAUGGCACUUGUCUCUGCUGUGUUAAGGGCCUCUUCUACCACUGCUCCACUGAUGACGAAGACAACUGCGCUGAUGAGCCCUGCUCCUGCGGGCCUAGCUCCUGCUUUGUCCGCUGGGCAGCCAUGAGCCUCAUCUCCCUCUUUUUACCCUGCCUGUGCUGCUACCUGCCUACCCGUGGAUGCCUCCAUCUCUGCCAGCAGGGCUAUGAUAGCCUCCGGCGACCAGGCUGCCGCUGUAAGAGGCACACCAACACUGUGUGCAGGAAGAUCUCCUCUGGUAGCGCGCCCUUCCCCAAGGCCCAGGAGAAGUCUGUAUGACCUCCUCACCAAAUGGAUCCAGAGCUUUCUCCUUCCAGCCCCCAUCAGUAAUGCAACCGCCUCAUCUUGGAAGAGGGGAAGGAGGAGUAAAGUAGCCAAAGCUAGGGCCUCACCAAUUUUUGUUCCUGCAGUGUCAGGGGAAUGGCCAAGUGCAUCCUAGCGCAGGAUGCCUUGUUCUUUCUCACAGUAUCUACCCCACUCCUCCCCAACCUUUUCCC